GGCAGACCACGUGUCACAUCUCCCACCCUCCCUCUUCUUCCCACCAAACUGCAAAAAGCUGCAUUGCUCGUGUACAACCACCACCACCACCGCCACCGCCCCCUCAAUGUUCAAGAUAUGCGCUCCCGAUUAAUAACCGAAAUUUAGCCCUCACAAAAAUUUAUAAAGAAAAAUCCCCCAAAAUUUAAGGGGCUUCUUAUUAAGCUGGUAUUGAUUUGGGAGGAGGAAAAAAGCAGAAAAAACGUGCGUCCGGGCUGCUUCCCGGUGGGGGAGACGGUGGAAACCUGGACAACUGGAGAAGCCAUUCCUCCUUUCUUGCAGCCAUCAACAGGAGAUUAAGAUUAAUGAAACUCCUCCCCCCCAUUAUCUCAUGAUCCACGCGCUUUUUUCUAGUCUCAACGUUGGUGCUUCAUUAAUAGUCCGCCUUCCUUCUGCUGUUGGAUGCUGGAAAAGCUAUCGCAAAUUAGAGGAUGACUGUCAGCUUUAUUUACUGGGAUGAUUGUGUGGACCCCGAAGACUUGGAGGCCAUGUGGAUGGAUCCUGCUGUGCAAGCCGAAUGGCUUAAUGCUGGAGAAACUAGAGGUUCAAAAGUCCACCUCUCACGCGAUCCCGAUGGCCAACCUUAUUUGACACAAACUGAGAUCAAGGCCGUCGCAGGGAUCAUAGUCCGAAGGCAUUUUGUUUCACAGAUAGAUUCGGUAUGACAUCCUCAUCUCAUGUGAAAUGCAGCACGAACAUCUCACAUAGUAUAAGUCUAGUAACCAUUAAGGCAUAAUGAAAAGCUCAUAUGUUCCAUUUAUUGACGGGGUAAUCCGUAUUUUUUCAUCAUUCUCUCUUGUUUAAUUUAUUUAAACAUGCUCAACAAUGAUUUCCUGACAUGUAAAAUAUUGAUGUUAUUUGUUGUGAAAUUAUCAUUCUCCUCUGGUGCUACAGUCAGUCAGUCAGUCAAUGGCCAUGGGAGAGGCAGCUCAAGAUAACGCAUCUAUGCUGGUCAUUGCAUGUGUGAUAUGAAAUCUUAAAAAAGUUUUAUUAUCAAAAGCAUCAUGCCAUGGACAUCUUCAUAUCAUGAUUUCCAAUGUAGAUCUUUAUUGAGAUCUCCUCUCACAGUUGAUCAAAUCCCACAUAAUGUUUUCACCACCAAUUUCCUCUAGGCUUGGAACAUAAUAAUGUAUCAUACUUGAAUUGCCAUCUUUAGAAUUGUGAAUUGGGGUGAGGUCCACAUCUAGUGAUGUUAAGGGUGCAAAUGAAUUGAUCUGGUUUAUGAGCUUGGCGAGCCUGCUUGGUCAACGACUCGACCUGGUAUCCAAAAAGCUCAAGCAGCUCAAUUCACCUGUCGAAUGAGUAACCAAGCUCGAGUACUAUGAUGCUCUACUCGAAGGAUAUGAUUUGUGCAAUCGCUACUCUUGAAAGUGAUAGGCAGCCUCUGGCUACUCAGUAUAACAAAAAAUCAAAGGAGACUACAGUGGGGAUAAUGCAGAUCUUACCAAAAACUGCACAAUGGCUAGUCAGAGAUUUGGGUUAUCAGAGGUAUGAAAUAUCAGGGAAUCCAGAAGUUCUGUACAAGCCUUUCGUAAAUGUAUAUCUUGGUGCUGCAUAUCUCAAGUGGUUGUCAAAUUAUGACCAAAAAGAAAGAAGCGAGGAGUUCAUGGUAAGGGCUUAUAAAGCUGGCACAAAGAAGGCGGCUCACAAGUCAACAUUGCAAUUCUGGAAGCAGUAUCUUGCUGUAAAGGAAAGUCUUCCAUCUAGAAAAGUCUUUGAAGUUAGUCCUCUGCCUACGGCUUCUUCAGCAGCUCCUGCAGUUACAAAAACAAAAGCAGGUCCAUUGAAUACAACUUGGGACUCCAGAACUUCGAAAGAAGACAUGGAAGAUAUGUGGAUUCAUCCCAAUGUCAAUAAGGAAUGGAUGAAGUCAGGCGAGAAAAAGGGAAAAGUUCGAUUUUCUCAUGACACAGAGAAGAGGCCUUAUCUUUCCCGUGUAGAACUAAGGGCUGUUUCGGAAAUCAUUCUUUCAAAGCACUUCAGCACAAGACGAGUAGAACCUACUGUUUUGUGUGCUAUUGCGGAGAUUGUUAGCAUGCGCUUUGUGAAUGGAGUUGGACAACGUACUGGUUUGAUGGGAAUUGACUACCCGACAGCACGAUGGCUUAACAAGGAUGUCGGCUACAAGGCUUACAUAGUAGAUUCAGUUGACGACCUCUGCAAGCCUUUUGUCUCCGUGUAUUUUGGUGCUGCCUAUUUGGCUUGGCUAUCAGAAUACGAAGGGAGGGAGAGAACACCCCAGUUUGUUGUUCAGGCUUAUCUUGCUGGACCGCAGAAUGUAAACCUUCAGGAGACGGGUCCACUUUGGCUGAAAUUUGAGGAAGCCUUGAGCCAUUAUGAAGACGUGAAGAAAGGAGGAGGAGACUGCAGAAUUCUCUGAGCUGAUAGCGCCAUCACAGUUUUUUUGUUUUAUGCCUUCAACAUUAUUGCGGAACAAGGACAGACGACCGAGUGCAUCCAUGCAGAUGACAAGGUGAAAGGAUUGGACUGAUGCAGCACUGUGUGCACUACCGGCAACAUGGCAUAUACAUAAAUAGUCUUUACAUUCUUUUUGAAGUCAGUCAUUUACUUGCUUAUAGGUCGGGGGUGGAAUUUUCACAUUUCUUUACACCGUAUAGAACCUGGAAUAUGUUUCUCUUGUACGAGUGCUCGUGUGUGUGUGUGUGUAUAUAUAUAUAUCAAAAGAACUAAUAGACCUUGGUGCUGACUAAAAGUACGUACCCAACUGGGAACUACUAGUAUAAGAAAUGCAUUGCAUUUAUAAAGCGCAGCAAUAUACAUUAAGAAAA